UCUUCUCGUGUCCUAUCUUCUCACAUCUCCCAGGUCGGGGCGCUCGGGGGUCUGAUGGGUGGUUAGAGGCCCAAGUCAAAGGGAUUAUUCUUGGCUGCUAACCUCAGGAGGUCCUCGGAGCUGGGAGAGAUCCCCUGGCUGGCUGGAGCCCAGAACCUGCUCGUGGACUCCACCAGGAUCCAUCAGCUCACCGUGCAGCCAGGGAAGCUGCUGGGAUCCUCGUAUCUCCUGGAAUCUGGCCUCAGAGUCUGUGAGUCUGUCUGAGGAGCUUGGACCUGUGAUUGUUGACAUGCUCUUCCCCGACACCUUCCACUCCAAUGAGCUCCACACAUGGUGUUGGUCUCAGCGGCUGUAAGGACUCUCGUUUGUCAAGGAACAGAUCUGACCCAACAUGGCCAGAGACGUCAGUCCUCUGAGGCUCAUGUCCACGAGGCCCCGAUGGGUCGGAGCCUCUCUGGACCAUGUCCUCCCGCUCGUCCCCCUGCGUCCUCUCAUCUUCUUCUACUUCCUGUCCUGCGCGGCAGCGACGGCCAGUUUGCCUGGGAUAGAGUACAGCUACGGCAUGAGCCCCAAGUUUGUUUGCACCCCGAUUCCACCAGAAGCCGACCCCAGCUGCUACUCGCCGCCCGCCGUGCCCCACGGACCCAGCACCAACGGCCACACCAACGGGCACAGUGGCGGCCCCUGGCGAGGGAUGAUGUCAGACGAGGCCAAAGCCACCAUCUUACAUCUGAGAGAAAGCCUGGUGAGGCAGAAGGAGACGAUCCUGGACCAGCGGGAGACCAUCAGGGAGCUGACCGCCAAGCUCACCUUGUGCGAGGGCUUCGGGGGUCACCACAGCGGGGGGCACCAUGACACCCGCCACCACAACAACCACGACACCCACCACGACACCCACCACGACACCAAUCACGACAAUCACCACGACACCGAUCACGACACACACCACGACACCAAUCACGACAACCACCGCGACAACCACCACGAAGGCGACCACGAUGACCACCGGGGGACUCACGGCAGCCGCCACCCGUCCACGUCGCACCACGGCCCGUCCUCGUACCACGGCAGCGACCACCACUACUCCCACGGCAGCCACCGGCCGGACCCCCACCACCGGAAGGGCCCCCCCAGCUCCUUCUCCCCCGAGCAGACGGGGAAGACGCUGCAGACGCUGAAGGAGCGACUGGAGAACCUGCAGGCGAGGAACUCGUCCAGCUCGUACUCCAGCUCCCUGAGGGAACUGCUGCAGAGGAAGAUCACCGCCCUGGAGGAGCAGCUGCACGGCUACCACCGGGACCACCACGACUACACUGACCACGACGACCACCACGAUGACCAUCACGACGACCACCGCGGCACCACCCGCCACGACGACCACCACGAUGACCACCACGACGACCACCGUGGCAGCAGCCGCCCUGACGACCACCACGAGGACCACCAUCGUGGCGGUUACCAUAACAGCCGCCACGACAGCCGUCCCAGCAGCCACCACGGCAGCAGCCGGUACACCCCCCACAGCAGUCACCACAGCCGCCAUCGUGACCACAGCUACGAUCACCACUAUGACUCGCACCGCGGCCGCCAUCACGGGCGCUACGACAGCCGCCGCGGUGACCACCACGAUGACCGCCACAGCGAUCACCAUGACGACCAUCACGACGACCACUACGACGACCAUCACGAUGAUCACCAUGGCGACCAUCACAACGACCAUCACGGCGACCACCACGACGACCACCACGACGACCACGAAGGCCACCGCGACUACCACCACGAGCCCGGUCACCCCGACGACCACCACGACAAGCACCGCGGCACCCCCCACCACGACACCCGCCACGACAGUGACCACCACCCCCGCCGCCUGCCGUCCAGCAUCAAGGAGACGGGUGUGCGCGGCGCCGGCCACAGCAAGCUGGAGGCGGUGCUCGGCCAGAUCCACCAGAGCGACCACAAGAAGCUGAAGAGCCCCAGCGCCUUCCGGCUGGAGUUCCCCAUGAGGACCAACUACAUGUACGGCCGGAUGAAGCGCGCCGUGGUCAACGAGGUCUUCGCGCUGACCGUCUGCCUGUGGCUGAAGGCGGGGGCGGGGCCGGGCCUCGGCACGCCGUUCUCCUACGCCGUGCCGGGACAGGCCAACGAGCUGGUGCUGAUCGAGUGGGGGAGCAACCCGAUGGAGCUGCUCGUCAACGACAAGGCGGUGACGCUGCCCGUGACCAUGACGGACGGGAAGUGGCAUCACGUGUGCGUGACGUGGUCGACCCGUGACGGAGCCUGGGAGGCGUACCAGGACGGGGUGAAGAAGGGCUCGGGUCAGAACCUGUCGGCCUGGCACUCCAUCAAACCGGGAGGCGUCUUCAUCGUGGGGCAGGAGCAGGACACGGUGGGAGGACGCUUCGACGUCACCCAGUCCUUCAUGGGAGAAGUGUCCGAUCUGCAGUUCUGGUCCCGGGUCCUGACGUCCGGAGAGAUCCACAGCCAGGCGACCUGCGGGGGACACCUGGUCGGGGACGUCAUGUCCUGGUCGGAGGAGUCCGUGGAGCUCCACGGGGGACUCACCGAGCUCCCGUUCGAGCCCUGCCACUAGGGGCCGCCACUGGACCCCCGCGCACAGGUCACGAUCACAAGCCCGAGUCGGAAAACGGCUGCGAGGGGAACGAAUACGAUUUUGUCUCGGAUCAAAGAUGGUGGAGUUCUUCACCGCUCAGGGACACGAGGUCGGGCCGAGCGAGGAGCCGUUUUCUACACGCUUUCUUUUUGCCAUUCCUGUUCUGAUCUUCCUGCCUUCGCCCCCCCACUCCCCCCUUCGCUCUCCCCCCCUCAGCAGUCUUCAACAGCUAACAGGAUCUCCCUCCUCCAUCAGUCAAAAGGUUGCUCACUGGCGCCACCUUGUUUCCUCUGGUGAGGGAACAAACCGAACACACCGGACCUGAAGAGGCUGAAAAGCCCCGAACGAGGAUUCAAGAUGUCGGUGGAGACGCAGGAAUCGAGCCGACGCAGAACCUAACCAUGGGGGUUUUGCAAAUUGAUAUUUUCUAUUAGUAUUUCAUAUUGAAAAAACUCUUUUUGUAGGAAUGAAAUUUGUAUUUACAGGAAAAAAAAGAUCUAUAUAUAUAAAAAUCAACAUAUUCUUCAUAACUGUUAACUGCAUUUUGAGUUUGUGUGAGUCGUUACACAACAGCAGUGCAGGUCACAUGACACAUGAGGCUGGGACGCCGCUCCCCCGUCCCUCAACGUGUCCCCGCGGUCAUGUCUCCUCUGCAGCCGGCGGCUUACAGCAGGAUUUACCUGUGAACAGCCGAUCUGAUCCUGCCUAUUUCCAACCAGCUCAGAGCACACACCCCCCCACUGACACACACACACACACUGACACACACUGACACACACACACACACUGACACACACACACACACCCCCACACUGACACACACACACACACUGACACACACUGACACACACACACACACUGACACACACACACACACACACACACUGACACACACUGACACACACUGACACACACUGACACACACA